UGAUGCUAGUGAGUGACCCCUCAUCCUCUCAGGAACCAUGGAGUCGGCCAUCAAGCUCACUCUCAUCUCCUUGGUGAUCUGUGCCUGCAGUGUGGGGACUAAAGCAAAGUAUACCCAGGGAUGUGAAGAUCGAUACACCUCCCUUGACUGUGGUUCAGACUUGAUUGAUGUGCAGUUGGCCAGUUACGGUCGGACAGACAGGAUCACCUGCUCUGAUGGACGCUCAUGCCACGAGCUGUCCAACACCAGCUGCUCCGCCCCCAGCUCUCUCUCAGAAGUGAAGAAACGGUGUGAUGGAAGGAUGACCUGCAUGGUGAAGGCUUCAUCGCUCAUCUUCUCAGAUCCGUGCGCCGGCAUCUCCAAGUACCUGGAGGUCCUCUAUCGCUGUGUCUCCCCAGAGGAAAGGACCAGCCAGACAUGUGAAGGUGGCGAAGGAAAACUGGAAUGUGGUUCAAACGUAAUCCACAUCCAUGACGCCAGUUAUGGCCGGACUGAUGAAACCACCUGCUCUUCUGGACGACCUGCACAUCAGCUUAGCAACACCAACUGCUAUGCUCCCACAACACUCCCCAUAACAAGGGAAAGAUGCGAAGGAAGAAGCACAUGCACAGUGCAUUCCUCCAACCACAUCUUCACUGAUCCGUGUUUUGGCACCUACAAAUACCUGCACAUCUCCUACAGCUGUGUUCCUCCAAAGUCCAGCCAGACCUGUGAAGGCCAUCACAGCAGUCUGGAAUGUGGUUCAAACGUAAUCCACAUCCAUGACGCCAGUUAUGGCCGGACUGAUGAAACCACCUGCUCUUCUGGACGACCUGCACAUCAGCUUAGCAACACCAACUGCUAUGCUCCCACAACACUCCCCAUAACAAGGGAAAGAUGCGAAGGAAGAAGCACAUGCACAGUGCAUUCCUCCAACCACAUCUUCACUGAUCCGUGUUUUGGCACCUACAAAUACCUGCACAUCUCCUACAGCUGUGUUCCUCCAAAGUCCAGCCAGACCUGUGAAGGCCAUCUCAGCAGUCUGGAAUGUGGUUCAAACGUAAUCCACAUCCAUGACGCCAGUUAUGGCCGGACUGAUGAAACCACCUGCUCUUCUGGACGACCUGCACAUCAGCUUAGCAACACCAACUGCUAUGCUCCCACAACACUCCCCAUAACAAGGGAAAGAUGCGAAGGAAGAAGCACAUGCACAGUGCAUUCCUCCAACCACAUCUUCACUGAUCCGUGUUUUGGCACCUACAAAUACCUGCACAUCUCCUACAGCUGUGUUCCUCCAAAGUCCAGCCAGACCUGUGAAGGCCAUCUCAGCAGUCUGGAAUGUGGUUCAAACGUAAUCCACAUCCAUGACGCCAGUUAUGGCCGGACUGAUGAAACCACCUGCUCUUCUGGACGACCUGCACAUCAGCUUAGCAACACCAACUGCUAUGCUCCCACAACACUCCCCAUAACAAGGGAAAGAUGCGAAGGAAGAAGCACAUGCACAGUGCAUUCCUCCAACCACAUCUUCACUGAUCCGUGUUUUGGCACCUACAAAUACCUGCACAUCUCCUACAGCUGUGUUCCUCCAAAGUCCAGCCAGACCUGUGAAGGCCAUCACAGCAGUCUGGAAUGUGGUUCAAAGGUCAUUCAGAUACAAGCGGCCAACUAUGGGCGGACAGAUGGCACUACAUGUGCAGACGGAACAAACCCGAGCCAGGUCAACAACACCAGCUGCUUUUCCACAAACACACUCUCUGACAUGAGGCAAAUGUGCCAGGGGAAGAGCUCAUGUGAGGUGAGGGCUACAAACGCAGAGCUCUCCAACCCGUGUCCUGGUACCCACAAGUACCUGAACAUCUCCUACAGUUGUACCUCCAAUUCAAGCCAGAUAUGUGAAGGAGACGCAAUGAGAAUCAAUUGUGGUUCCAACCAUUUUAUCAAGAUUCACGAGGCCAAUUAUGGGCGUACAGACGCGACAAUCUGUUCUCAAGAACAUCGGGCGCAUCGGAUCUCCAACACCACCUGUUAUUCACCGAACGCUCUCUGUUGUCAGAAACAGGUGUGUUCCUACAUUAAUAUGGGGGCUUACAGUAUGUUCCAUUGUGAAGGGGAGGUACGGUGCACAAUUACAGUGUCCAACAGCAUCUUCUCCAACCCGUGCCCUGGUACCCACAAAUACCUGGACGUUACCUACAGCUGCGUUCCCCCUAUAUCCAGCCAGACAUGUGAGGGUAACAGCACCAUUCUGGACUGUGGACCAAAUGUGAUAUCCAUCCACACUGCUAACUAUGGGCGCACAAACAGAGACAUCUGCUCUGCUGGACAGCCUGAUGAAGCGGUCAGCAACACUAACUGCAGGACCUCCAGAACCCGACCCAAACUCCAGGACAUGUGUGAUGGAAAACCUACAUGUAAGGUCACAGCAUCAAGCUCCACCUUCUUUACCCCCCGUAACUGUGAAGACACCUAUAAGUACCUGGAUUUGUCCUACAGCUGCAAGGCUCCCAGCUCUCCCUAAACCUGCUCCAGAUUACAGCUCCCAGCUCUCCCUAAACCUGCUCCAGAUUACAGCUCCCAGCUCUCCCUAAACCUGCUCCAGAUUAUUACAGCUGCAAGAUUACAGCUCUCCCUAAACCUGCUCCAGAUUACAGCUCCCAGCUCUCCCUAAACCUGCUCCAGAUUAUUACAGCUGCAAGAUUACAGCUCUCCCUAAACCUGCUCCAGAUUACAGCUCUCCCUAAACCUGCUCCAGAUUACAGCUCCCAGCUCUCCCUAAACCUGCUCCAGAACAAAUCUGCUCACAGUGGUUCCUCAACGCCAAUGUACCAAUUAUCAUGGCAAUCCAGUAAUACUGUUCUCUUACCAAGCAAAUACCCUGAUCUAAACCUGUUGGGUUGGGUGGAUGAAUGCUGUCAGUAGUCAACAUAGUACUAAUACAAUAACAUUUGAUUCAUAAACAUUCAGCUUGAUUUGUAAUGAAUUCAGUUUGAUUUGUAAUACAUUCUGUUUGAUUUGUAGUACAUUCUGUUUGAUUUGUAAUGAAUUCAGUUUGAUUUAUAAACAUUCUGUUUGAUUUAUGUAGGACCAUUACGUUUUUUGUUUUCAAUGUUCAGCUUUAUAACACGAGCUGCUUUACAUCAUGCAGAAUCAGACGUUCUCUUAUGAAUCAGAUGGACUGAUCAAACCUGCUGGGUGGCAAUGUUUAUUUGGAAUUUGGAAUUCAACUUAUUCAUACUUAUUCUUACUGGUGAUGGAGGCACUUGUGGUUUGUAGUUCAACUUGAAACAUCUUUCCGGUUGAGGCCUUGGCUAACGCCGGACCCAAAAAUCCUGUAAUCAACCACAAAAAAACAUGUAAUAAAGCAUUCAGUUAUAUCCUGUAAUCAAUCACACACAAAAAAACAUGUAAUAAAGCAUUCAGUUAUAUCCCGUAAUCAAUCACAC